AUAUUACAAAAUUCCAGUAAAAAGUUAUGAAAAUCUCCGAAUAGUCACAAUUUUCUAUCAAUUUCCCUCAAAACUACACAGUAAAGUAAAUUUUACACAAAAAAACCCUCUCAUAUAACACUUUCAGCGACAGUUACAGUUCAAAUUUCCCACCAUUUCGCACAGUAGAACAGUUUUCGCGCAGUUCAGCGACUGUCGCUGAAAUCUGACAGUUCAGGAAUGUGUGAGAAUUUUGCCCAAAACAAUAAUAAUAGUGCACAAUUUGCAGUGAUAUCGCGCUUUUCCGCCCAGGAUGAGUAAUUUCCCAGAGUGUCUUCAGCACCAGUAGUCGAUAUGGCAGACAAUGGGGCGGGAAUCCCCUCGGGUUCACGCGUUCACACGCGCUGUGACCACACAAAGCUGCUCUCCGACGUCCGGGAUGCGAUUCUGGGUGGAUUUCAGCGUCACGGGGAGAUCGUCAGCGAGAUGGAGAGAUUUCCGCGGCUGCUGCAGGCCAUGGAGGCCAUCCUGGUGCACGGGAUGAGGAUCUCCAAGCCAGAUGGAUCGCCGGAUCUGUGGCGCUUCAUCGAGGCCCUGAGCUGGUUGAAUCCCUCCAUGGCAGUGUCAGUCGCGCACACGAGCAACCUCUCGCCAGUUCACAUCCCGCACUCGCGCAUCAAGUCCAACCGGGCGCUCGCGUGGCUGUACGAGUGCCUCAAGGGCCACACGUUGUCCGUGAAACUCUCCUGGCUGCUGUCGGACUUCGAGCACCUCAGCAAUUGCUACGAAGCCACGGCGUUUCUGCGCUCGGAGAAGUUCGCCAGAGGUCUGUUCCUGUGCCUAGAGGCUGUGGAGAGUGGCCACAUUGACGCCAUCGAGGCCAUCGAUCCGAGUCUCCUCGUGGACGGCGCCACAAGUCAUCGCAGAUCCAGCUCUCACCCCGAAUUCCCCUCCAAGAUGGGCAACAAACCCUCCCUGAAGGUCAACUACGACAGUCCUGAGGACUUCGACACCGCCGAGGCCACUGAGGAGCCCGUCGCCAGGCCAAAGACCGUUCGGACGCGCAAGAAGUCCAAGAAGUCGCGCCAGAGAAAGUCCCGCAAGUCCAGGCUCAAGGCCAGCAGCAGCUUGCCCAACAUUGCGGCACUGGAAAGAGAGCCGCGGGCGCGCAGCAUGACCAUCACGCAGCCCAUCUCCAUUCCCUACAAACCCGUGCGACUCACGGCGGAGUCUCUGGAGCAGAACGCCCAGAAGAUCGUGCCUUCCUUCAGCUACAAGACGUCUAGAGACGCGGGAUCGGACUGUGGAGGCUCAGCGUCCAGAAUACUGGAGAAAUCCACUCCCACAGACUUGAUGCCCAUUCAGCUGGUGAAGUGUGACGACAUAAAGAUCCACUUUGACAAGAGAUUCACGCCAAAGACGCCAGCUUCCGCAAGCGAUGCCAGUCCAGCGGUUCAGGUUCCCGAAGUCCCUGAAGCGAGUUCAUCUUCAGUUAAUACUCCAACGCAGAGGAAUCUCUUCUCCGUUCUGACCACAAAGAAGUCACUCUAUCCCUAUUUGGAUGUGACGCUGGAGAAGGGCGAGAGCAGUGGCAGCAAUGGAACGCCUUUCCAGUCAAAUCUCUAUGCGUCACCGUCUCCGGGUGACUUUAUGAAUAACUUUAUUCCACUGCCAGGCGAGAAGAUCCGCAAUCGCUAUCGCAAGACGUCUCUGCUCGAGGGACUGAGUUCGAGUCCACUGGGAAUAACGCCCACGACGAGUCGCACUGAGCAAGGCUCGAGGCAGCCGACAAGAGGCCAGAGUCUGGCGUCGUACCUGCAAUCGGCGCAGUUUUCGCAGACAAACUCAGAUCUUGAGCGGGAGAAUGCGCACUUCAGUGUCUCGGAUGCCAUGAUUGCGGCCAUUGAGCAGCUCAAGUGGACGAAGAUUGAGAAGGACGAGAGCCGCGUGGGGGAGAAGAUGCGAAGUGUGAGGGUGAGAUCGAGACUGAAGAGAUGGGAUGGCGAGGCGAAUGGCCGAGUGGCGGGCACGAGUUCCAGUCCGGACAAUGCGUGCUCGUCCACGGAGAGUUCCGAAGUGUCCUUAGAGAAUCUCAGUAUCUUCAAUGAGUCCAACUCGUCGGACGACAUGAGGCUGUCGGAAUCGUCCCAGAACACCAAUGAUCACGUGGCGUACGCGGAGUGGGGCGAGAACACGCUGGAAGCGCUAUCGGCGGAAGGAGUGGCGCUGAGUCUAAUCUCGAAGUUCAGUGACAAACAACUGCCGCGCGCCUCUGAGCUGCUCUGGAUGAGUCCGGACAACGAGCCAAUGUCCCCGCAGACGCCCGGAGUGGCGCACAACAGCCUCAAUGGCGGUCACACGGACAGAUUCCGCAUGAAUUCUGUCCUGCGCGGCACCAAGGAUUGGGCUCCGCCGCGAGCGCAGAUCAUCUUCACGCGACACGCGUCGCCGAAUCGCAAGGAGCUGAUCACGCAGCAGAACUUCCGCUGUGCCGGCUGUGGGAUGCGCGUGGCCAAGGCGUACGCGCACAAGCUCCGCUACUGUGCCUACAUUGGGAAGUAUCACUGCACUGGGUGUCACAGGAAUCAGAUCUCCGCCAUUCCGGCGCGCGUUCUCGAGCGCUGGGACUUCUCCUGUCACCCCGUGUCGGUGUUCUCGUACAGACUCCUCGACCAGAUCUGGUCGUUUCCGCUCUUUCGCAUCCCAGAUCUCAAUCCGCAGCUGUACGAGAAGGUGAGGAUGCUGAAUCUGGCGCGUCUGAAGCGUAGCCAACUGAAGUUCAUCGAGGAUUUCAUACGCUCCUGUCGCUUCGCCAUGCAAGUGCAGAAGCUGUUCGAGAACAUCCCCAAUCAUCUCACGAUGGACAUCGAUGUGUGGUCGAUGAUGGACUUGGUGGCGGUGAAGAAUGGAUCGUUCAAGAGGGACGUUUCGCUCUUCAUCGAGAAGUGCGAGGAGCACAUUUUGAGCUGUGAGCUGUGCACGGCCAGAGGAUUCUUCUGUGAGCUGUGCACGAAGAAAAGCGUGAUAUUCCCGUGGCAGCCAAAUAUUCGACGGUGCGGCGAGUGCGGCACGUGCGUCCAUGACAAUUGCUGGCGGGGAGAGUGUCCCAAGUGCAGGCGACUGAAGCAGCGGCGACGCGGUGAGGGCACAAAGAGCACUUCCGGCUAGAGGAGCAGAUAAGUUAAUUUAUUUUCGCUAACAAGAGGCCACAAAACAAGUCCUUUUACCAACACCUCUCACAGACCUUUCCUCGGGAGAGAGAUAGUGCAAUUAUAUUUUGAUGACGGAGCAAAGUAGUUUCUUGGUGAUUUAUCAUUCAUUGACUUUGACCUAUUCCUGUUCUUUUGGCCAAACUGGUGCGCACACAAUGAGCGGCACGUGUUGCAGUCGGCAGACAGGUUUUUGCCAUACUUUUG